AUGGGGAGAUCCGUGUCAUACACCCUUAUCCACAAAAGGUUGACGAUUAUCUGGGCUAAGGCAGGUGCUAUUCAGGUCACAUCUGUGAAGAAUGGUUAUUUCCUGGUUCGUUUCACGAACGACAUUGACUAUGAGAGAGCAAUUACGGGUGGAGCAUGGAUGGUGGGAGACAAUUACCUGACGGUCCAUCCCUGGUCCCCGGAAUUUAAUGCGUACAGCCAUCAGAUCUCCUCGACGCUGGUUUGGGCCAUGCUCCUCGAUAUUCCAAUUCACUACUUCCACCCGGAUGCAGUCAUGAAGAUUGGAGCUCGCAUAGGGAAACCUGUCUGUAUAGAUCAUGCGACCAAGACGGGAGCAAGAAGAAAUUAUGCUAGGGUGUGUGUCCAAGUCGACCUUACCAAACCAUUGUUGUCGCAAUUUAGAAUUAAGGGGAGCAAGUACUUUAUUCAAUAUGAAGGUUUAGAAAAAAUCUGCCUUAACUGCGGGAUGUAUACUGAGCAUACUCGAUGUGCUUGUGUUGAACCAAAACAGAGUGCUGAGCCGGAAGUCAUGGAGAUGCGCGAGAGCCAGGUUGCAAAAGAUCCCAAAAUGUUGUAUGGUGAAUGGAUUGCUAAAAGAAAGCCAAGACCGCAUAGGGGCCAGAUUGGACACCAGACAGGGGAAGGAAGAGCUGCGAGGACAUCCUCGGCAGCUGAGAAGAAAACUGAACCUGGAUCACGCUUUAGUGUGCUUCAAAGGGAGGAAGAAACUCAUAGCGGCAAGGAGCAGGAUACGGUGAUGGGGGUAGAGGAACUGGAUAACAUUACUAUGCCCCGCCCGACUUCGCCUUUUUCUCACAUAGGAAAGGAGGAGGCAAGGCUAGCAAGAAGAAUCAUAGGGGGAGUUUGCCUCGUGAACAGGAGCAUGUGA